AGAGACUGCGCAAUGCUGUCAUGGGGAGUUGUUACUGUGUGACUGCAGAGCCUGUAUUUAUGACAUUUUUUUAGUUUAGCGAUUUUCUCGUUUCCUAUGCACCUCGUACUUAAUUUGGGAAGCUAUGCGGAGGAGUAAAAUCGAAGUAGACCGUUACGUUUCUUCGGUGCAGAGCUCUUCGCCUUCUCUCAAAGAGAAACCAGUGAAGGGGUUCCUGUUUGCAAAGUUGUAUUUUGAAGCAAAGGAAUAUGAGCUUGCAAAAAGGCACGUUUCAGAGUAUCUCAAAAUCCAAGAGAGGGAUCCAAAAGCACACAAAUUCCUUGGACAGCUUUAUGAACGUGAGGGCAAUGUCAGCAAAGCAGUGGGGUGCUACAAACGCUCAGUGGACUUGAAUCCAGCACAGAAGGACUUGGUUUUGAAAGUUGCAGAGCUGCUUGUCAGUCAUGAGGACUGUGGUAGCAGAGCAGAGUUCUGGGUUGAAAAGGCAGCAAAGUUACAUCCAGGAAGCCCUGCUGUUUUCAACCUCAAGGAGCGGCUGUUAAGUCGUCAGGGGCAACCAGGAUGGAACUGCCUCUUUGACCUGCUGCAGGCUGAGCUCGCAUUGCGUCCCGGAGACUCUCACGUCAACGUGAAAAUUGUUCAGCUUUUCUGCCAAGAUGGACGCUUGGAUGAGGCUGUCAGGCACUGUCUGGCUGCUGAGAAGAGGGUCAUCCUGCGCCACAGCCUGGACUGGAACAGUGUGGUGGUGCAGACGCUUAAGGAGUAUUUGGCUCAGCCAGCAGUCUCUGGAAAUGAGAAGAUGUGUCGUGGUCUCCAGAGCGAACUGCUGCUGUCUCUGUGCAGCCUCCUGAGGAUCACAUUGUCGAACAGCGGCCUGCAGCCCUGCCUCGAUGCGCUCAAAAAUUUUGACCAGGCUAUGCAGGAGCUGAGCAGCAUCGCACCGCGGUACGCAGACGAUCUCUUUGAUGUGUUUUUGGAGAUGAAGGGUCACUUGUACCUGUACGCUGCUACAUUGCUCCUCAAAAUGGCCCAGGAGAGACAACAAACCUGGAGGGCAGUGGUGCAUUUGGCUGCUCUGUGCUACCUACUGGCGUACCAGGCUAUCAGACCAAAGCCCAAAAUCACCAAACGAGACCAAGCAGCCCCCCAGUUCUUGGAGCUUGUGGCCAGUGACCGUCAGAGUCAGGCAGGACACAUGCUGCUCAACCUCAGCGCAGACCCCUCCAUUCUGAUACAUGAGGUAGUGGAAGCCUUUGGAAACCGCAGUGGUCAGGAGUCUCUGUUUGAACUCCUGUUUGGACCACAAGCUUCCACAGCCUCUUCUUUUAUCGCCAAUGACAACAUCCAAUCCCUAACCGCCAUGGUCCCAGAAAGCUCUCACCUGGCCAAGUGUGAUAAUGGAUCCAUACUGCUGCAUGGUGGUGACUUGCAGCACCUGAGUUGGCUGGGGCUGCAGUGGACCCUUAUGGCCCAAAGAGCAGACCUCAGAGACUGGCUUCAGCAGCUCUUUCCUAAACUUACCCUUGAAACUUCAAAACUGGACGCAAAUGCUCCUGAGUCCAUCUGCUUGCUUGAUCUGGAGGUGUUUGUGCAUGGCGUGGUCUUCUGCAGUCACUGUCAGCUCCAGGAGACGGCCAGAAUCAGUGCAGGAGUGGCCCAGCCUCAGUUCGAGCCACGCUGCCUCCCCCUACCCCUCAUCCGCCUCCUCAGCACUGACAGGCAGAGGGAGUGGUGGGACGCCAUCUACAGCCUCAUCCACAAGAGGGCCGCACCUAGUACGUCGGCCAAACUAAGGAUGAUUGUGCAGCACGGAUUGAACACUCUGAGAGCUGGACAGAAACAUGGACUACAGCCGGCACUGGCUAUUCACUGGGCUAAAGUGCUCAGCCAAACGGGUGAUGGCAUAAACUCGUAUUACGAUCAGAAGGAGUACAUCGGCCGCAGUGUGCACUAUUGGAAGGUUGUAUUGCUUUUAUUGGACAAAAUCAAACAUCGCCGCAGCAUCCCCGAACCUCUGGACCCUCUUUUCAUUCACUUUCCAUCUAAAGACAUUCAGAUCUCAUCUGUGAAACAGCUGGAGGAAGAAGCCCAAAUUGGAUUUGCUACACUUCUGGACAUUGAGGGCAAAACUGAGGAAGCAAUCGCCACCUUAGAAACUAUCAACAAUAUAUCAUCCAUUUGGCAUCUGGCCCAGAUUUAUCAGCGUCUGUCAGAGGAGGCCAGUAACGGGGUAGAGGAGACACAGGACAGAUGCAUAAUGUUCUUGAGGAAAUUCAGAGCCUAUUUGUCCAAAAUCUACAAUGCCAACGCAGAGGAUAUUGACAAGUUGCCGGUGUCGAUGGAGGAAGUGGUGGACCUCCUGAAUGAUGUGAACCAGCAGCUGGGUGACAGUGCAGAGGCCAUGGAUGAAGAGGAGGAGAAGGAGCCAGAGAGCAGAGGCCCAACGCACUCAAGUCCAGCUCACGCCAAUGAAAUCUCUGCUACAAUCUCCCACAUCAAGUUUUCAACGCCCUCACCAAACAAAAGCAUUGUCUCUCCUUCCAAACGACACCUGAUUUCUCCCAAGACACCUCCUCAUUGGGUGGAAGAUCAGAAAAUUCUUCUCCAGAUGCUGUGUCAGCAAGUUGAAGCACUUAAGAAUGAGGUCCAUGAUCUGCGACAAAAUGCAUCAGGAGCAGUGAGUUCCCCUCAUCAGAAACUCUACAGUGACUCUUAUGGAGCAGAAGGGCUGCAGGAGUCCUUCACACCUGUGCAGUCCUACCAUGGGGCCCCCCUCACAGUUGCCACCACAGGCCCUUCUGUCUACUACAACCAAUCACCAGCAUACAACUCUCAGUAUCUCCUCCGCACUGCUGCAAAUGUGACUCCAACAAAGGGUCCCAUGUAUGGUAUGAACCGAAUGCCCCCUCAGCAGCACAUGUAUGCCUAUCAGCCACCCACUCACACCCCUCCUCUGCAGGCCCCACCUCCAUGCAUGUACCCUCCUCAAGAGCAAGUAUUCGGUGGUCCACUACGCUUUGAAUCUCCUGCUACCAGCCUCCUAUCCCCAUAUAGUGAAGAAUAUUUUGCCCAACAAACUGCUGCUAACCCAACCCUACCUGAGCCUGGCUACUUCACCAAACCAACUGUAGUCCCAGCCCAACCUCCAAAAAGCAUAGAAGGAAAGCCAGUGGAUUUUGGAAAGCUUUCAUUUGGCCAGCAGGGACCUACUGAAGUGCCCAAAGUACCCAGUUUCGGCACAGGUGUUGUAACCCAGUCUACCCCAUCACCUGCAUUUAAAUUCAACUCCAACUUUAAGUCAAAUGAUGGUGAUUUUACCUUUUCUGCAUCUCAAAACAAACAUUCUGAAAGCUUGCUUGGUCUGCUAACUUCAGAUCUACCCGCUAAAGCAGAAGACAAGCCUACAACCCAGGACCAGCCGUCUGCACAAUCAAAUAUAUUUACUUUUGGCAACAAGUGCACAUCAGGUUUCUCUUUUGUUGAUUCCGCUCAAACUGUAAGCACUGGGAAUAUAUUUGGGAAGGUAGACCAGCCGUUUAAAUUUGGAGAAGUGUCUAAACCUGUUUUUGGGGUGCCCCAGCAAGCAGCUGAAGAUGCGAAAGAAUCAGAAAGCGAUAAUGAUAGUAGUCAUGUUGAGGAAGAUGACGAUGGCCCACAUUUUGAACCCAUUGUACCGCUGCCAGACAAAGUAGAUGUAAAAACUGGUGAAGAGGAUGAGGAGGAGAUAUUUUGUAACAGGGCUAAGCUAUUCAGAUUUGACAAUGAGACAAAAGAAUGGAAAGAAAGAGGAAUUGGUAAUAUUAAAAUCCUUAAAAAUAACAUUAAUGGAAAGGUGCGUCUGCUCAUGAGAAGAGAGCAAGUUCUCAAAAUCUGUGCCAACCACUACAUUACCACUGAUAUGCUUUUAAAACCAAACUCUGGUUCUGACAAAUCUUGGGUCUGGAACGCGAUUGAUUAUGCUGAUGAGGAGCCCAAACCGGAGCAGUUGGCAAUUCGAUUCAAAACUGUUGAUGAAGCUGCACUUUUCAAAUCAAAAUUUGAAGAGGCACAGAAAAGCAUGCAGGAAACACAGGACGAGCAGUCGAAGAAAAAGGAAGAAAGCUCCCUAACUCCACACACUGACUCGCUAGCUGCGCAGUUUGCACCCAAAGAAGGGGAAUGGAGAUGCGAUGUGUGCUGUAUUACAAAUAAACCAGCAGCUGUAAAGUGUGUCGCUUGUCAAACUCCAAAUCCCAAUGCAAAAUCAACAGACGAUUAUGCUCUGACUGAGACCAAAAGCAGUCCGUUUUCAUUCAAAUUUGGAACGGACACAACUCAGUCUAGCAUUUCAAGUUCAGCUGGCUUUCCUGCAUGCAAUGAUUCACUGGCUGCGCAGUUUGCAUCCAAAGAAGGGGAAUGGAGAUGCGAUGUGUGCUGUAUUACAAAUAAACCAGCAGCUGUAAAAUGUGCCGCUUGUCAAACUCCAAAUCCUAAUGCAAAAUCAACAGAUGAUCAUGCUCCAACUGAGACCAAAAGCAGUCAGUUUUCAUUCAAAUUUGGAACUGACCCAACUCAGUCUAGCACUUCAAGUUCAGCUGGGUUUCCUGCAUGCACUGAUUCACUGGCUGUGCAGUUUGCACCCAAAGAAGGGGAAUGGAGAUGUGAUGUGUGCUGUAUUACGAAUAAACCAGCAAUUGUAAAAUGUGCUGCUUGUCAAACUCCUAACCCCAAUGCAAAAUCAACAGACGAUCAAGCUCCCACCGAGGCCAAAAACAGCCCAUUUACAUUUAAAUUUGGUGUAGAUUCAACCAGCACACCAGCAGGUUCAUCAGGAUUCUCUGGAUUUAGUGGUUUUGGAGCGUCUAUGCCAUCAUCUUUCACUUUUGGCACAACAAAGCCAGUCGAUGUUCCAGAUAAUGCUUUUUCUGGUUUUGGUUCUGGAUUUGGUAAAAAGCCAGAAAAGUGGACAUGUGAGAAAUGUUCCACCAAAAAUGACACUUCCACUGAUACCUGCUCUUCAUGCAAAGCGGCAAAAGAGUCGACUAAGGCAGCUACACCCCCACAAUUAUCUGAAACAAAAAGUUCCCCUGCCCCUGUUGCAAAAAAGGACAUUGAUUUGGCAACACAGUUUGGCAAAAAGCCCGGUCAAUGGGACUGCGAUACUUGCCUUGUUCGAAAUGAGGCCUCAGCUGCAGCAUGCGCAUCCUGCAGUGCACCUAAUCCCACUCCGUUUGAAGCAAGGUUUGCCAAGAAGGAAGGAGAAUGGGAUUGCGACACUUGUCUUUUGAGAAAUAACCCUUCAGCUCAAAAGUGUGUCGCCUGCCAAGCCCCGAAUCCUAAUGCAAAAGAAAGCACAAAAACUAGCACAGCUGCUCCUUCUGCAUCUUCGUUUAGUUUUAGUUUCAAGUCAAAAUCUCCGUCAAACCAGCCACCUUCCAGUGGAUUUACGUUUGGGAGUACAGGUAGCUCCUUUCAGUUUGGUCAAAGCAAAGAUAAAGAAAGCUUGACUCCAUCUUUUAAAUUUGAAGCCCCACAAACAAGCUCUAGCACUACUACUUCUUCAGGGUUCUCCUUUUCAAUGCCAGCUGGGGGCUUUAAAUUUGGGACUCAAGAUAUGGCAAAAGAGGAUGCCAAGGAGCCACCAAGCAGCUCUGCAUCUAGUUUCCUGAAAAGCAUUGCAGACAAACAUAAUGAAAAAGAAACUGCUACAACAGAACCAGCACAAAAGACUAACACUUUGAAUUUUCCUGAUUUUUCUAAAACAUCCAGUGGUAGUUUUAAUUUUGGUGAAAAAGAUUCUAAAGAGAUAACUGCAACCGAACAAGAUCAAAACCCACUCAUAUCUGGACAAACUAAUGCCUUUAGUUUUGCAGAUUUAGCCAAGUCCUCAAGUGGCAGCUUCCAAUUUGGAGAGAAAGAUCCAAAUUUUAAAGGUUUCACCCGAGCUGGUGAGCAGUUGUUCACCUCUUUUCAAGCCACUCCCUCUAAAACAGAAACUGCAAAAGAGGGCGAUGAUGAUGGCAUGUACAAGACUGAAGAAAAUGAUGAUAUACAGUUUGAACCUGUAGUCCAAAUGCCGGAUAAAGUCGAUUUGGUGACUGGUGAGGAAGAUGAGGAGCUUCUGUACUCCCAGAGGGUAAAACUAUUUAGAUUUGAUGCUGAUAUUAGCCAAUGGAAAGAACGUGGCGUAGGCGUGCUGAAAUUCCUCAAAAAUAGCAGCAAUGGUCGACUAAGGAUUUUAAUGCGAAGGGAGCAAGUGUUGAAAGUGUGUGCAAACCAUUGGAUCACCACAACGAUGAAUCUUAAGCCUCUAGCUGGAUCAGACAAGGCAUGGAUGUGGCUGGCCAAUGACUUUGCAGAUGGAGAUGCUAGGCUGGAGCAGCUAGCCGCCAAAUUUAAAACUGUAGAGCUAGCGCAAGAGUUCAAGCAGAAAUUUGAGGAGUGCCAGAGACUUUUGCUCGAUAUCCCAUUGCAGACACCUCACAAACUUGUUGAUACCGGAAGGACUGCACAUCUUAUCAAGAAAGCAGAAGAAAUGAAGUCCGGGUUGAAGGAUUUAAAGUUUUUUUUGACAGAUGACAAGGUGAAAUUAAAAGACGAGGAAGCAGAGGAUAGUCUUGUAAUAAAAUCUCAAAGCGAAACAACAGGACCAGCGCUUGAAUGGGACAAUUAUGAUCUAAGAGAAGACGCAUUGGAUGAUACAACCGAAACAUCAGUGUAUACAUCCCCCACUGCAAGUAGUCCAUUGAGGAAAAACCUGUUCUGCUUUGGUGAGGCAUCAAGCGGGUUUAGCUUCAAUUUCCAGCCACUAAUAAGUCCUUCAAAGUCUCCUGCUAAACUUAAUCAAAGUGGAGCAUCGGUGGGCACAGAUGAUGACGAUGGAGCCCAAGAGGAUGAGCGAGACGGACAAUAUUUUGAACCAGUCUGCACUCUGCCUGAACUGGUAGAGCCAUCUACUGGUGAGGAGAAUGAACAAGUAGUUUUCUGUUAUCGAGCCAAACUUUAUCGCUACGAUGUGAACCAGUGGAAAGAAAAAGGCAUUGGCGACCUCAAAAUAUUGCAGAAUCUUACAACAAAACGUGUUAGACUCAUAAUGAGGCGAGACCAAGUCCUUAAGCUGUGUGCAAACCAUUGGAUAACACCGACAAUGAAACUGGAGCCAAUGAAGGGAGCAGAGAGGGCCUGGAUCUGGUUUGCUAUGGAUUUUGCUGAAGAGGUGGAUGGUAAAAUCGAGCAGCUAGCCGUAAGGUUUAAGCUACAAGACACGGCUAAAACCUUUAAACAGGUCUUUGAUGAAGCUAAAAUUGCACAGGAUAACGAAGACUUGAUGACACCAGUGACACCCUUAGAUACUUCUACUACUACCACUUCUACUACUCCAUCCAAAAGUGAUGCUGCAGUUUGUGGAAAGGCAGCCAUCGCAAUACUGGAAGAAACUACAAAAGAGAAGAGCAAACCAUGUCCUGAGACGAGCCUAUCUGAGAGCCAGACGAGUUCAACCAGCAUAACCAAAACGGUCAUGUCUCCACCCAAGUUUGUGUUCGGAUCAGACAGCAUACAAAAGAUAUUCGGCUCACCAAAAUCCACUUCGAUCACUGCAGAAUCCAUAACUACCAAAGCUAAAGGUUUUGGACUAACCCCAGCAGCAGCAUCAGGGGGACCAACAUUCAAGAUACCAGAUAACGAAAUGGACCUUAAACUUUUCUAUGAUAACCCCAUCGCAUUUUGGAGCAGCACAACUACCACUCAGUUUGAUCCUCCAGCACCUCCAGUGGCAGAAGACGGACGUGCAGGUUCAGACGAGGACUCGGAUGUGGAGAUUGUGUAUGUGAAAGAGCCUACUGCUGAACAGGCAGCUUUGGCCAAAAAACUCCAACUCCCACUCACUUUCUUCUGCUACAAGAAUGACCCGGGCUACGUCAGCGAUGAGUCAGAAGAUGAUGAGACGUACGAGACAGCAGUGAAGGCUUUAAACGGGAAGCUCUACCUAGAUGCUCCACAGAAACAGGCUGCGGCUGCUGGAGAUGAAGCAGACUGUGUGUUUGUGUGGGAGAAAAAGCCCACCCCAGAGGAGGAGCAGAGGGCACUGAGUCUGCAGCUGCCCCCCCACUUCUUCUGUGGAAUCAGCCCAGACAGCGACACAGACCACGACAAAAAUGAAGACUUUGAGACAGAGGUCCGCAAGGCUCAGCAAGCCCUGGACGCACAGUUACAAGGCGUUACAAAGGAAAACAAGACAAGUGGGCCUCCUCUUCAACCCUCAGAGGAGCACGUGUCAAGUAGCACAGAGCCCACCAUAGUGCCCCCUGUCUGCGAGGAGCAGACUGCAGAACAGCCCAAAGAGACGCAAAGUGAACCUCCUCCCAUCAGCACCACCAGCAGCAGCAGCAGCACCCCCAUCGACCUGUCCACCAAGAAAAGCUUAGAGCCAGAUACAGAUAAGGACACUGCAGCCGUUCAGGGUGAAACUCCUUUGUUUGGCUUCAGCACAUUGAGCGGCUUUUCGUUUGCAGAUUUGGCCAAAAACACAGAUGGGUUUGCAUUUGGAAAAACAGAUUCAAACUUCUCCUGGGCCAAUGCAGGAGCCACUGUUUUUGGGUCUGCCACCACAACAGCGUCAAAAUCUGCUGGUGAAAAUGAUGAAGAUAAUGAAGAAGAGGAGGCUCCUAAUAAUGUGGACAUUCACUUUGAGCCAAUUGUGUCACUGCCAGAGGUGGAGACUAAGUCCGGGGAGGAGGAUGAGGAGAUCCUGUUUAAGGAACGGACCAAGCUGUACCGCUGGGACAGAGACCUGGGGCAGUGGAAGGAGCGCGGGGUGGGUGACAUCAAAAUCCUGUACCACCCUGUUAAACACUACUACAGGGUUCUGAUGAGACGAGACCAAAUCCUCAAGGUCUGUGCCAACCACACCAUCACCAAGGGUAUGGAACUCAAACCCAUGAACGUAUCGGCCAACGCUCUCGUCUGGAUCGCCACCGACUACUCUGAGGGAGAGGGUGCUGUCGAGCAGCUGGCCGCUAAGUUCAAAACUGCAGAGAUCACAGAGUCUUUCAGGAAGACUUUCUGUGAGUGUCAGACUCGAAUCGGAGAGGAUGGGGAGAACUCUGUGUCCACUCCGCACAUGUCCCGUGUCCAGGAGCACUCGCGGGAAUCGAACCCUCAGGUGUUCCUCUGUGUGGAGGCCGAUGGACAGAACCUGGGCACUAUUACCAUAGAACUGUUCUCUCACAUUGUCCCAAAAACAGCAGAGAACUUCAGGGCUCUGUGUACUGGCGAGAUGGGCUUGGGGCUAAAGGGCUCCAUCUUCCACAGAGUCAUACCGGACUUCAUGUGCCAGGGUGGUGAUAUAACCAAUAGCGAUGGCACUGGUGGAAAAUCCAUCUAUGGCGACAAAUUUGAGGAUGAGAACUUUGAUGUCAAACACACUGGCCCGGGGAUCCUGUCCAUGGCAAACCGAGGCCGCGACACAAACAACUCCCAGUUCUUCAUCACGUUGAAGAAAGCGGAGCAUCUGGACUUUAAACAUGUGGCCUUUGGAUGGGUCCGGGACGGCAUGAAUGUGGUACAGAAGAUGGGCGAGCUUGGCACAAAGGGGGGUGUCCCAGCUAAAAAACUAAUCAUAACCGACUGUGGACAGUUCUAACCAUUCAAGUUACAUGUCAGAAAUAAUACUGCAGUGCACUUCUCACAAAAUGAAUAUCAGGCGGCAACAAAUUUGGCACAGUUCAUAAAGAACAUGGUACCGUUUUCAUUGAAGCAUACAUGUUCUAAAAGGCAAUUACAAUUACAAUACAAUGGAACAUGUGUUUUGUCAUCGUCAAUCAUUUUGACUUUGUUUGUAUAGUUUGUACAUUGACUACUUUUUAUUGUCUGUGUUUUUGUUUGUUUUUUUGAGCAUGCGUGUGUUCACCUGCCUCUUUCCGCUCUCUACAAGUCUUAAUCUUAUUGGUUAAGUCAGGUUAUCCUUUAAAAAGCACCUAUUGAUCACAAUGUGCCCAUAAAUCUGCAAUUUUAGAUUUCAUUGGAUUUAUAAAAAAAAGACUUCUAACUGCAUUUUUUUGGUAACCUGUACAUGGUUGCAUAUCAUCAGGUGUCAGUUUUCUAAAUAUCAUUAUAAUUGAAAUGGUGCAUUAUGUACCAGAAUAUGAUGAUGAAGAAUAAAUAGUUACUUUUCA